UUUGGUACAACCACGGACUGUAAAACCGAUCACAUGCUUUGAUUACAUGUGGGGUCGCGGGUAGGUCUGGACGGUGAAGCGCGCCCUGGUCGCGCGCUGCUGGUGGGCAGAGCGCCGUCACGAGCUGAAGGUGUCAUGAAACGGAGAAAACUCACUCGCAGAAAGGCAGGGGGGCUACUUACACCAGCUCGCAUGGCAACAGAAGAGAUACUCGCCGGAUAGAUCAAUUUGCCGGAGCGAAAAUGGCCAAAAACACGUCUCUGUAUUUUCGGAUUGUCGAGGGCAGGAACCUUCCGGCCAAAGACGUAUCUGGGACGAGUGAUCCUUACUGCAUCGUUAAAGUUGACAAUGAAGUUGUGGCCAGAACCGCUACAGUGUGGAAGAAUCUAAACCCAUUCUGGGGUGAAGAGUACACGCUGCACCUCCCAAUGGGGUUUCAUUCACUGUCGUUCCUCGUGAUGGACGAAGACACAAUUGGACACGAUGACGUUAUUGGAAAGAUCACGCUGAGCAAAGAAGCUAUUGGAUCUCAAGCUAAAGGGCUUGACAGCUGGAUGAACCUGACUAGGGUUGACCCCGAUGAGGAAGUUCAAGGAGAGAUCCACCUGAGACUGGAACUCCUUAAAGACACAAUGAAGCGCAGCCUGCGGUGCCAAGUCAUUGAAGCCAGGGACUUGGCACCGAGAGAUAUUUCCGGGACAUCGGAUCCUUUUGGAAGAAUUAUUUUCAACAACCACAGUGCAGAAACCUCGAUUAUCAAGAAGACCCGUUUCCCUCACUGGGGGGAAACCUUAGAGCUGGAGCUGAAGGCAGAGGACCUGCGUGAGGAGGGGACUGUGAUUGUGGAGGUCUGGGACUGGGACAUGGUGGGAAAAAACGACUUUUUAGGAAAGGUGGAAAUCCCUUUUGCUUCUUUGCACAAGACACCUGUGUUAGAGGGCUGGUUUCGUUUGCUGCCCCUGGGAAACAAUGGAGCUGAUGCUGGUGGCAAGCUGGGAGCUCUGCGCCUGAAAGUGCGUCUGGUGGAGGACCAGAUCUUGCCGUCUACAUACUACCAGCCACUUAUUGAACUUCUGGUUGAGUCGGUAAUCUCCCCCGCAGAGGUGGAGGACAGCAGUGCCCUGACCAUGCUGGAGGAGGUGACCACUGUGGAGAGCAGGCAGGAUGUUGCGAUGACUCUUGUGAAGAUCUACCUAGGGCAGGGCCUGGUGGUGCCAUUCCUCGAUUACCUUAACACCAGAGAGGUCAACCACACCACUGAUCCAAACACCUUAUUUCGCUCCAACUCUCUUGCCUCCAAAGCCAUGGAACAGUUUAUGAAGGCCGUUGGCAUGCUGUAUCUGCAUGAAGUGUUGAAACCCAUCAUCAAUCGCAUCUUUGAUGAGAGGAAGUACAUUGAGCUGGACCCGUGUAAGAUUGACCUGAACUGCACAAGACGGAUUUCGUUUAAGAGCAGCUUGUCAGAGGCAGAGGUUCGGGACUACAGUGUGGAGAUGCUGCAGACCUAUUUAACCAGCAUCAUUGAGUCCAUCGUCAGCUCUGUCGAUCAGUGUCCUUCAGUCAUGAGAGUGGCCUUCAAACAGCUGCACAAGAGAGUGGAGGAACAAUUCACAGAGCCGGAGAAUGAGGAUGUGAAAUACCUCGCCAUCAGUGGGUUCUUCUUUCUGCGUUUCUUUGCCCCUGCCAUCCUGACGCCUAAGCUGUUCCAGCUGAGAGACCAGCACGCUGACACACGCACAAGCAGGACGCUGUUACUGCUCGCCAAGGCGCUGCAGAGUGUGGGCAACCUGGGCCUUCAGCUGGGUCACGGGAAGGAGCAGUGGAUGUCGCCUCUUCAUCCCAUCAUCCUCCGCAGUGUGGCCUCCGUCAAGGACUUUCUGGACAAGCUGAUCGACGUGGAUCAGGAUAUUGUGUCAUCGGUGCCUCAGAGGGCUGUGUUCAUGCCUUCAGUGACGGUGAAGGAGGGAUACCUCCACAAACACAAAGCAGAGGGACCCCAGCUGCUGUCCCGCUUUGCCUUCAAGAAACGCUACUUCUGGCUGACUAGCGAGACCUUGUCCUAUGCCAAGACCUCCGAUUGGCAGGUGCGCUCCUCCGUACCAAUUCAGCGUGUGUGUGCCGUGGAGAGAGUGGAUGAAAAUGCCUUUCAGCAGCAGAAUGUAAUGCAGGUCAUUACACAGGACAACGAUGGAAAGCUGAACACCAUGUACAUCCAGUGCAAGAACGUAAAUGAGUUGAACCAGUGGCUGUCUGCAAUAAGGAAAGUCAGCAUCUACAACGAGCGCAUGCUGCCUUCUUUUCACCCGGGCGUUCAUCGCAGCGGCAAGUGGACCUGCUGCCUGCAGGCAGACCGUGCUGUUUCAGGCUGCAGCAGAACCCACUCGGCCGUAACUCUGGGCGACUGGAGCGACCCACUGGAUCCCGACGUGGAGACUCAGAUAAUAUACAAGCAGCUUCUCCAGGGCAGAGACAAACUCAGGAAAAAAUACCUGGAGAUGGAAGACGCAGAUCCGACGUCAAGCAUUCAGGAAAAGAGGAUCAGCCCUGAUAUUCACCCAGACGGUGCCGAAUGCAACGCUCCGCCGACGAGGCCCGGUCAGAGCGUCGCUGCUCGGCUGCUGGUGGUGAUAGAGGAUCUGGAGCAAGCUCACGCCACCUUCCAGCUGAGAGAAAUGGAGGACGCUACCAGAGUCAUUCUGAAUCCCUAGGCUGCACACGGCCUCUGAUCUAUUAAUGCCUGACAGGAGGGCUGCGUGUGUGUUGAGAUGCUGGAGGAGAGAGAGGAGGUGAAGCGGAAAGAGGGAGCAACAGCCACACACACGAUGUUUGUCACAGAGGGAAACUGUGACCUCGUCCAGCCUGUUGGUGUAAAGAGCAACAGAGACUUUGUCAUCUCUUUCUGUACUUUCUGAAUCCCACCAAUGAGGAAGGUUACGACACGCGAUGCUAAAACGGAGAGGGUCUUUGCAGCACGAUCUGGAUGUCAUAUCCAUAUAUAUAUUUUGUAGAUAACAAGCAGUCCGUUGCAUGGCUUGCAUCCGCUUGUGAAAUGUGAAAAGCUUUUAUAUUUCAAGAUAUUUUACAGCACUUGAAACAUUUUUAUGCAAAAAGGCUUGUUGUAGUGUACUGUACAGUUCCUAAAUGUAAGGUGAUUUGAUACUUGUGGUUCAUCACUCAUGUUUUGUACCCCGAUUGAGGUAAUUCACCGCCAAGGCCACUUUGUAGCAGGUAAUUUAACGUCACACGUCAUUCCGAGUGAUGUUAUGUCAAAGUAACGCUCAGUGUAACGCUACCUAUAUAGUGAGCGAAAUUAGCAACGCCUUACAUGUCCUUUUUUUUUUUCUUUUUAACAAACAGCUUUUGUAUUUGGUGUUGUGGCCAUUUGAUUAUGUAAAUGGAGCUCUGAUGUUAUUGUUUUUCAGAUUUAAGCAUUUCAGACAUUUGUAUGGGUAAUAUUUACCUGACUCAAAAGUGUCAGGCUGUGUUUGAGAUGCCAAAUUGUAUUUUUUUUUCUUUUCCAAACCUUAACAAGCCAAUACAGAAAUUAGUAAAUUAAUUUAGAGAAUUUUAAGCAGGAUUGGUGCUUGAAGAGCAGAGCAGGGGAAAAUAAUUGAGCUCAGAUGUUAUUGAGGAGAACCUCAGCUGGUUGUUUUAUGUGGUUUUAUUUCGGGGGAACAUUCUUCCUGCCAUACAGGCAAUGUCUUGUCCAGGAACUCAUAUCCUCAAGAAAGAAUAUUUACUCUCAUUACAACCACAAACCCUAAUGCGUUUCAUUGUCAACCAGGACAUGAGAUACGAUUUUCAAACUUUCAUACAUAUAACGUUUUUGAAAGCUACAAAGUUUUGGGAAAAAAAAAUCCUUUUGCUGGCUUUUACAGAUUUUCUUCCACAAUUGUCUGGGAUUUAGCUCCAUCCCCAUUCUUAUAAACUCUGAGAAGUCUAUUUGUCACUGAUAAAAGAAAGAGCAUCCCCACAGCAAAAUGCUGCCACCACGUUUCAGAAUGGGGAUGCUGCUUGUCUUAUUAACGUUCUCCUCGCUCGGCCUGUCGGUUCUGGUGUCUCAGGUUCACAUAUGUGCCAUUCUCUUUCCUUUCCUCCCCUGAGGCCUGCACAAAACAGCUGGAUCUUAACAGAGUCAAAUACAUCUGGUUGCACUUCACUUUAUUUAAGGCCGUCAAAAAGAGGCUUUUCAAAUUUUCGGGAUCUUCUUUGUUCUUUCAAUACUCAAUUAUAAGAUACUUUGUGGCUGUCAGGUUACAGCCGACAGUAAAGUUUGACAAGAUUUGGGAAUGUUAAAGGAUAAAAAUAGUUUCCCAAAAUACUGUAAAGUCCAUCCUUUCACAGAUGUAGAAAAAUAAAAUCACACUGAACAUCAUUAAAAAUGGGGGACCUCAAAAGAACCGGAAAAGUAGAAGCUACUCAUCACAUUUUUGAUUUUGGAAUUAGAUGUUAUUCACUUUUUGUGCUUUGAUUAUUUAAGAGUUCAUGGCUGCUGCUUUGGAGGGACGUUGUCUGACAGCUGGGGGAAAACAAAAUCAAAAACUCUUUGCAGUUUGCAUAUUAAGACAUUUUAUGAAGACACUAAACAAGCCAUAAGGUCAAAAACUUUUAAACAUAUCGACUUCUUUAAGUGUCUGAGUGCCCAAACCUUGGUGCUUCUUUGUUUUAUUCCCACGAUCAAAGUGUAGAAAACCAAAAUAAAAUGAGAUAAUGAUGUGA